AUGCCCAAUACUGGGUGUGCAGUGCCGCAGUGUGCGGGAAGAGGUGGAUAUGAAUUUCCAAAGGAAAGAAAGAGGUGCAAUGCUUGGCGAGUGGCCAUAAGACGAGUGAACGAUGACACAGGACGAUCAUGGUGGCCAUUGCUUAGUGAUGUCGUCUGCGCAGAACACUUCACAACAUCAGACUAUCAGCAGUUUGGAAAGUCCGGUCUAAAAUUGCAACGAAGGAGGCUCAAACCAGAUGCUGUUCCUAGCCAGUUCUCAUGGACAAAGCAACCAACUUCAGCAGAUGUCUCAAGGACAAAACGCUAUACAGAACGCUGUGUAAAGAGAGAGGGUACCUGUGAGGGUUCUGAUGAGUUGUCUAUGGAUGUUGAUGUUAACUGUGAUCUGGACAUUGCAAUGGAGGUAAAUGUGAACAGUGAAAAUGAAAAAGUACAUAACCAGGCCAUCCAGACAGACCUGCAAGAGACCCUGUCAACAUCAGUCUCCACACAUACACAGACGGAAUCUGAGACGAAGGUACAGGGAUUUACUAUUCAUGACUUCAAGAAUGACCCCAAAGGAGUACACUACUACACAGGGCUUCAAGACUAUCUCAACUUUAUGGAUGUACUUGCUUCACUUGGACCAUGUGCUUUUGAGUUAACUUAUGUAAAUGGUAAAAGGCCCUCCUUAUCUGUGCCAGAUCAACUAUUUUUGACUAUAAUUAAAUGUAGGAGAUAUACAGCCAAUUUUGAAUUAAGUCGAAUGUUUAAGGUCAGUGAAUCAGAGGUAUACACUGUAUUUGCAACAUGGAUUAGAUUUAUGCAUCUGCAGUGGAGAGAGAUUGAUAUCUGGGCAGAUAGAGACAUGGUCUUCUUUUAUGCUCCAUCUGAUUUCAAGACCAAGUUUCCCAGCACUCGGAGUAUCCUUGAUGGCUUUGAGUUUCCAGUUAAGAAGCCCAAGGCACCUGCUGCCCAGCAGGUAACAUUUUCAACAUACAAAAACCGUAACACUGCUAAGGCACUGGUUGGUAUAACACCAGGAGGUUUAAUGUCCUAUAUGUCUGGUGCAUAUGGAGGUUCAACCAGUGACAGACAGAUCAUUGAGAGGAGUGGAUUAAUAAAUAAAGUCAACAAAGGUGAUUCAAUAAUGGCUGAUAAAGGUUUUGAUGUACAGGACUUGUUUGCGCCAGUGGAUGUAACAGUUAACAUUCCUACUUUUUUCAAGAACAAAAACAGAAUGACAGGUCAAUCUGUUGUAAGCGAUAGAAAAAUAUCUAGCAAAAGAGUUCAUGUUGAAAGGAUAAUUGGACUUGGGAAAACAUAUAAAAUAUUGACGCUGCCACUGAAUCACACAGAGACAAUUCUCUCCUCAGACAUUGCAUUUAUUUGUUUUAUGCUUGUUAACUUCAGGAAAUGUAUUGUUUCAAGAUAG